AUGAUCUUCAGUGACACGGAUUCUUAUACCACUCUCGCCGAAGACCCAACGAAAAAGCAAGCCGCAGUCAUCAAGAAAAAGGUCAAUAAGCUUGCUCGUCUGAAAGUCAUAGGUCCAGAUGGCUCAAAGUUUAUGACCCUCAGUGAUCCCCAUAUCUCACACGCGAACGGUCUCCCAAAGGUUCACAAAAUUGGUGCUCCACUGAGGAUUAUAGUACCGCUCAUCGGAUCCCCAACUUACAAUUUAGCCAAGUGGCUGUACAAGCAUCUGAAGCUGCUAACUCACGGAUCUCGCCACAGCAUUAACAGCUCCCACGAAUUCCUCAACCGGAUUGACGGCCUCAAUGUAAGCACUGAUGAAUGCCUCUUGUCUUUUGAUGUCGUUGCCUUAUUUUCUUCUAUACCGCACGACUUGGCAAUUGACUGCGUAGCCCAACGGUUACAAGACAAUCCUGUUGGUAUCCCAGCGCAGCACGUUAUAGAACUGCUCAAGCUCUGCCUUCAGAACUAUUGUAAGUUCGACAAUAAGUACUACCAACAGGUGAAGGGAAGUGCAAUGGGCUCCCCAAUAUCCGGUCUACUCGCCGAACUAGUGCUACAGCGACUAGAACAUGAGGUUUUUCAAACUCUCAAUCCCAAAAUGUGGCUCCGCUAUGUCGACGACACCUGUGUCGUAAUAAAGAACCGCGAAGUCGAACGGCUACAUCAACGGCUGAAUGAUGUCUUUCCGGCCAUACAAUUUACCCGUAAAGAGGCAGUAGGAGACAGUCUAUCGUUUCUGGACGUAAAAAUACAAAGGCUGGACGACGGUAAUCUCGCAACCAGCGUACAUAGAAAAGGGUCUGAUUCUGAGAUCAUCCUCAAUUAUGGAAGCAAUCACCCUGCGGCUCACAAAAGAAACUGCGUCAGAACUCUCUUCCACCGGGCCUACCGGUAUUGCAGCAUUGACGAUCUGCUGAAGAAAGAACUAGGUUAUCUAUAUCGGCUAUUUCGAUCUAACGGAUACCCGAUCAGUUUUGUGAAGAACGGCCUCAGGCGGCAGGCACAACCUCGAGGCCCCUCCUCAGAUAAAGAAACGGUAACCCAGAAAUUCUUCUCCCUGCUCUAUAUGCAGGGGACCUCAGCAAUGAUCGCCUGUCAGCUAAAUCAAUUCGGUAUUCGCGUUUCCCACAAGCCUGCAUCCUCGCUGCGCACAGUCUUAACUCGAGUAAAGGAUUCUAUACCCAAAGAGGAACAGGCUAACGUCAUCUAUCGCAUCCCGUGUGCCAAUUGUCCCUGCGUAUAUGUUGGUCAUACAGGACGACGCCUAAGAAUUCGAAUUAAUGAACACAAACUAGCCAUCCGUCGCUGUGAUCCACUGUCCCUCGUCUUUGCACACGCACCCCAGUGCGACCACCGUUUUAAUUGGGAUAACACCGAGGUCAUCGCCACGGCCAACGCAAAACGGGCGAGAGAAUUCCUAGAGGCAUGGCACUCUAACGCGGACAGCAUCAACCGCCACGUUGACCUAGACGCCCAUUAUGAGAGCUUAAGAUCACACCUCACUAAGCCGAGCCCCACGCCGCGUUAG